AUGAAAAUCAUUUGCGCCAUAUUCGCCGCGGUCAUUGUCGGUCAGUUGGCCAUGCCGUACGCUUCCGUGUACGGAAGUGCCGACGCCAAACGACUUUACGACGAUCUGCUGAGCAACUACAACAGACUCAUCAGACCCGUAGGCAACAACUCUGACCGGUUGACGGUCAAAAUGGGUCUGAAACUGUCGCAAAUCAUCGAAGUGAAUUUAAGAAAUCAAAUUAUGACGACGAACGUAUGGGUCGAACAGGAAUGGAAUGACUACAAACUGAAAUGGAAUCCCGAAGAUUACGGAGGAGUAGAUACUCUACACGUACCAUCCGAGCACAUUUGGUUGCCAGACAUAGUCUUGUACAAUAACGCCGAUGGCAAUUACGAGGUGACGAUUAUGACGAAAGCGAUACUGCACUACACGGGAAAAGUCGUGUGGAAACCGCCGGCCAUCUACAAAUCCUUCUGCGAGAUAAACGUCGAGUACUUCCCGUUCGAUGAGCAGACGUGUUCCAUGAAGUUUGGAUCUUGGACUUACGACGGAUACAUGAUGGACUUGCGGCACAUCUCCCAGGCGCCCGACUCGGACGUGAUCGAAGUGGGCAUCGACCUGCAGGACUACUACCUGUCGGUGGAGUGGGACAUCAUGGGCGUGCCGGCAGUGAGGCACGAAAAGUUUUACGUGUGCUGCGAGGAACCGUACCUGGACAUAUUUUUCAACAUCACCCUUAGGAGGAAGACGCUUUUCUACACGGUGAACCUGAUCAUACCGUGCGUGGGCAUAUCGUUCCUGUCCGUGCUGGUGUUCUACCUGCCGUCCGAGUCCGGCGAGAAGGUGUCGCUUUGCAUAUCGAUACUGCUCUCCCUCACCGUGUUCUUCCUGCUGCUGGUCGAGAUCAUACCGCCCACGUCGCUCACCGUCCCGUUGCUGGGCAAAUACCUGCUGUUUACCAUGGUCCUGGUCACGUUGUCCGUGUUCGUCACCGUGGCCGUCCUCAACGUCAACUUCAGGUCACCGGUAACGCACAAGAUGAGACCGUGGGUGGUGAAGCUGUUCAUCCAGAUCCUGCCCAAGGUGCUGUUCAUCGAGCGACCCAAGAAGGGAGACUCGAUCGACGAGGACGACGACGACGAUGACGAGAAGAACGGUGAAAUCCUGUCGGGCGUGUUCGACGUGCCGUCCGAGAUCGACAAGUACUUGGGCUACAACCGUGGUUACAGUUUCGAUUACGGCGUACCGCCACCGCUUCCGUCGUCCAGGUACGCCUGCGCCAGGGCCGCGUGCCCCGGGGGGGUGAGCGGAGUCGCGGGCGUGAGCGCCGGUGCUGGCGCCGUGACCGGGUCCAACGACACGGUGGUGAACAUGGCGUCGGACGAGGACGAGGACGCGAUCGAGCUCGACGCCGAGGACGAGUACGACGACAUGUUCAGCCCGACGACCACGACGGACGACGGUCUGGCCAGCCCGACGUUCGAGAGCCAUCACCACCAUCACCAGCACCAGCACGGGUGUCCGGUGGACCAGCAGCCCAGGCACGACCCGGCCAUGCAGACUAUCCAGGACGCAAAGUUCAUUGCUCAACACGUCAAGAACCAAGACAAGUUUGACGAGAUCAUCGAAGACUGGCAAUACGUGGCCAUGGUCUUGGACAGGCUGUUCCUGUGGAUAUUCACGUGCGCCUGUCUCAUCGGCACAGCCCUCAUCAUUUUCCAAGCGCCGGCCCUGUACGACAAGACAAAGCCCAUCGACGUUGUUUACUCGAAAAUCGCUAAAAAGAAACUGCAAGCCAUUUUAUGA